AUGACACAAAACUUGCUCUCGCUUUUUCUUUUCCUAUUUUUAUCACAUUAUGUAGCACCUGAAGAAAGCACUGUCUACGAAUAUGGACCAGAUAGUUUUAAACAGCAAAUAGAGAAUAUGGAUGGUAACUUUAUAAUGUUCUACGCGCCAUGGUGCAGUCAUUGUACAAAAUUUUAUCCUAUUUGGUCGGAAUUGGGAGAGCUUGUAAAUACAAAAGAAUCAAAAUUUGCAAUUGCUCAAGUUGAUUGUACAAUACAUUCUAAAUUAUGCCAUGAAAAUGAUAUUACAGGAUAUCCAACACUUCUAUACUUUCACAAGAAUUCAUUCUCACCAGUUGAAUACAAAGGAGCUAGAGACUUACCAUCUCUGACACUCUUCUUAAGUGAAGUUUUUACCAUGAAAUCUGAGGGCCUUGAAGAUGAACAAUCUGAAGAAGUUAAAUUUUACAGUGGUAUGGCAUAUUUAAAUGAUCAUAAUAUUGAGAAGUUUUUAUCAAAGGGACAGCAUUUUGUCAUGUUUUUUGCUCCAUGGUGUAAGGCCUCACAGAGAUUAGCUCCAAUAUGGGCAGACUUGGCUGUACAUUAUGCACACAAUGAAUAUAUACAAAUAGGAAGAGUGAAUUGUAUGGACAGUGAAAUGACAUGCAAGAAUUUUGACAUCAAGCAGUAUCCAUACUUGCUAUGGGUAGUCAAUGGAAGGAUUAUGGGUGUAGCAGAUGCGGAUACACUAGAAGAACUUAAGGAAUACAUAGAAAAAAUGCUUCUUGCUGAAAAUCAUGACCCAGACAAGUUUAUGAAAAAGAAAAAGGCUCUACCUGUUGCUAGGAUAUCAGAAGAGACAUUUGAGACAUUUUUGGAGAAAGAUUUGGUUUUUGUCAAUUAUUUUGCUCCUUGGUGUGCUCACUGUAUGCAAUUGAAUCCACUCUGGAUAAAACUCGGCGAACGAUUUCUAAAUGAAAGUCGGGUAAUAAUAGCGGAUAUUGACUGCGUGCGAUCAAAACCUAUAUGUGAAAUGGAGAAGAUUAAUGGUCUACCCACAUUGAUUCUGUACAAAAACAAAAAGAUAGUAAAUGUAGAUCAUGGAGGACGGCCAUUAGAAAGUCUCAUAACAUUAGUCAAUGAACAUCUUGAAGAAACUGCAGAUUUAAUUACAACAGAAGAAAAUGUAACAACUGAAGAAACACCAGCUAAAGAUGAAUUA